UCCGCUCCACGACCUACCUCCCCAGUCUCCCCGUCAACGGGCUCGACGACCGCACGAGCUGCAUCUCCCAAAGCACCCGGAGGACCCGCAACCGCAAUCCGAAGAAAGGCGGCCGCCGACCGAGCAGACAAGGCCGCCAAUGCGCGCCCAACGAGCACACGAGCUGCCGGCGCCGGUGGUAGCAGCAGCACAAUGUUGAGACUUUACACCGACGAAUCGCCUGGCCUCAAGGUCGACCCGUUCGUGGUCAUGGUCUUGUCCAUCGGGUUCAUCAUCAGCGUUGUCGCGCUGCACAUCAUCGCGAAAUUCACCAAGCGCUUCGCUUCGUAA